AUGUCAACAAGUAGUAGCGAUCAUCAAUUUAUUAUCGACGACGAUGAAGAUGUAGUCCUGUUGGAUGACGACUCAUCGAGUAACUCUGACGAGAAUCAAAAGUUGACUAUCAGCGAGAUCAAUUCGAUGCGUGAACAGCGUUGGCUCACUAUGAACAAGGAGAUUCGUCCGUACUCCUUCAAGGACGACAAGAGCUCACCGUGGUUCGAAGAGCGUCAGGUAAUAGUCACCCUGCUCAACGCCAGAAUUGCACUGCGUGAACUCAUCCAGGCAAAGAUGAAUGAGGAACGUCUCUCCUCUGGCAACCUCUGUGUAUCGGAGAUUCAAUCACUGCUCAACAAACAGAAAGAGGACAUCGAAACCGAUUGGAUUGCAGAGAUUCAAGAGUUGAAGCGUAACAUGAUUGCAGAGAUUCGUCGUAAUCAUCUACUCGAGAGAGAUCUCACUAAAUUAGAUAAACGUAUAGCAUUAUUAAUUAAACAUAGAUCAAAUAUUAAAGAAUUACUUGCAAGUGAAGAGAAAAAGAAAUCUAAAAAGAAAAAGACAGAUGGAAAUGAAAAUGUUAAUCUAGAUGGUAAACAAAUCGAAUCAUAUCAAAAUCUUUUCUAUUUACUCCAAACAGAACCACAUUAUCUUGCCAAGUUGGUCACACAAGUACAAGCUGACCAGAUGGAUUCCUUCUUGGACACUGUUAUUCUCACAUUGUUUGGUGAUGCCUUUUCACCAAGAGAAGAGUUUUUAAUUCUAAGUUUAUUCAGAUUGGCUAUUGGACAAGAAAUGUCGGGUAUUAAAUCGGCUGGUGAUCUUAUCUCUGUAGACUCUGUGGUGCCAAAGAUGAUUAUUACAUACACACGUAGAAAGCAAGGACACGAAUUUUUGAAUCAAAUAAUUGCGCCAAUUCUCGAGAAUCACGUUAUCAAUGCACCGGAUUUGAAUUUGGAGUUGAAUGCCGUUCAGAUCUAUCAGAAUAUGAUCAGUGAGCAAGAGAUUCAAACCGGUGCAAAGAGUACCAUGAACAGAGGACUCGCUGAGGAGCAGAUCCUCCAGUUGAAGGAGGUACAGGACAUUCUUGCACCACGUGUCGAAAAAUGUAUACAGAUCUGCGAGUUGUUCUUCAAGGGUAUCAUCGAGUCAUUGAAUCGUCUUCCCUACGGUAUCAGAUGGAUAUGCAAGCAGAUCCACAGCAUCUCCAAACAAAACUUUGAAUCGACCAGCGACGAAAUCGCCAAAGUCAUUGGUUAUUUCGUUUACUAUCGUUUCAUGAAUCUUGCAAUUGUAACUCCCGACGCCUUUGAAAUCAUAAAGAAAGAAUUGUCAAUGAAUUCAAGAAAGAAUUUAGUUAAUAUUGCAAAAGUAUUACAACAUUUGUUUACAUUAAAGACAUUCCAAAAUCAAGGUGGUGAGAGAUGGAUGCAACCGUUGAACACGUGGAUUCUGUCGAGAACCGAUAUGGUCAGACAAUACUUUGAUGACUUGAUUCAAGUCACCGAUCCAUCAGAGUACUUGAGAGUCGACAAGUACAACGAGUUGACACUCAAGUUGAAUCCAGUGGUCGUAGUGACCCUCGGUGAAAUUUCACAGACACAUCACCUAUUGAUGACGAAUCUCAAGUUUUUAAAGAUGAAGGACAAAGAAGACCCGUUGGAGAUGAUCCUCAAGUCGUUGCCACCACCACUCGAAGUCAGUGAGGAGAACGACCGUGAGAUCCAGCUCACCUUGACCAAUCGUUUCAAGGAACACAUGGAGCGUGAGAUUUCCACCUCUGCAUCGUUGUUGGCCGAAACCAAAGAGUUGGUAUUGCAGGUAUUCAGAUCGAUUCCUAUCCAAUCAAAGAAAUCGGCCGACUCCAAAGACGACUUUGUUGCCAUCCUCAAGGGUGCUGCCCUCCACGGACAACAAACUGGAAACGCUCAACUCACCGCCAACUCUGAGAAGAUCAUUGAGAAUUUGAAAAAGAUGGAGAAUGAAGGUACAAUCACCCCAACCAACCAAUACGAAGGUUUCAUCAGAAUGAUCGCACUCGAAGUCAUCAACAGACAAGAGAUCCGUGAACAUCAAAGAAAAGAGAGAAUGCGUCUCACCAUUGCCUUGCGUGAUCUCAGAAAACAUCAAAGCUACCUCAACGAACAAAUUCAACACUACACUUCAUAUCUCAAGGAUGUUUUAGCUCAUUAUUCAAGUAAAGAUAAAAAGAAAGCAAAUAAACCGGUAAAGAUGUCAUACAAAGAACUAACAAAGAAGGGUAUCAUUGUAGAGUCAGAUAUUCCAAAGAUAUCACAUGGUGCAACCAAUUUCUAUAUUUCCACCGACACACCAGGUAUUUUCGACAUUGAAGCCAAGAUUGGUAUAGCAACUGCUGGAUCGAUUACUUUGGAGUUAGACGAUCUCCUUGAGAAAGCAUCCGCUGGUAUCCCCGUUUUGAAACUCGAAAAUAUUGUAUUGGAUAAAAUGGUAAAUUUAAGAGGUUGUAUGGUUGGUGGAGUUAUAUUGGCAGCAGUAGGUAUUGCUGCCUUUGUAAUUUCAUUAGCUUUAAUUCCAUCAGUUGUAAAGAAAGUCGGUGAAAAUGCAGUUGCAGAGAAUGUUAUUGUAUCUUCAAGUUCAAGUUCAUAUUAUGAUAAUUGGUUAGGUCAAUCCUCUAUAGACAAUUAUUUCCUUCAAUAUUAUUACGCCUACAAUUUGACCAAUCCAGAAGAAGUUUUGGCAGGAGGUGUUGCAAACUACUCACAAAUCGGUCCAUUCAACUAUAAAUACGAAUGGAACUACACAGAUGUAUCGUUCGCCGACAAUGGUAACCAAGCUACCUACACACAAACAAAGACCUAUAUUUUCGAUUUGAACAACAAUGAGUUGUCAGAGGACAUGAUGAUUACCAACAUUAAUCCAGCAUAUCUUGGUCUUACCCAAACAUUGGUUUCUCAAAACGCUAAAGCCAGUAUUUUCUUGAAUGUCAUCCCAUUCCCAGGUAUCCCAGUUACCCUUAAAUCAUUGAACUCUCAACCAGUUCUUAACUUUAUCAAUGCCUACAAUGGUAUUCCAGCAUUCCAAAGCUCAUUGACCGCUUUGUUGGGACAAAUCGGUAAUGAUAUCCAAACUUUCUACACCAAUUGGGCAAACUCAACUACCUUGCCAGCCGAUGGUAAUUGGAAUGGUAUGCUUACAAGUCUUAAUGCUCAAGUUGGAUCCGGUAUUUCCAGUGUAUCCGCUGCUAUUAUCUUUAACAGUACCGAUUCACUUUCAUUGUUGAAUACUCAAGGUAUGCUUACCUGGUUCAAUGCCUACAGUGGUGAUGCUACCAGUGCCAGCAACUUGAUGAACGGUACCGGUAUCACCCAAGCUCAACUCCAAAUCGUUGGACAAUGGUUCUACUCUACCUUUGCUGAAGCAGUCACCGCCAAGGCAAUUCUCCAAACAUGUAACAUCACAGAUGCAUCAAUGAUUGCUUUCUGUCAAUUAUACAAUGGUACUCUUUUGAAUCAAAAUAGUAUUACCUCAUUCAAUUUCAUUGGUAAUCCAUUUAAUGGUUCAACUCCAGUUGAAUUCUUGGGAUUCGAUCCAAGCACCAAUAUCACAAUGCCUGUCUUUUACGACAUUUGCUUCAACUCUGGAAAUGUCAGUCUCUCCACAGGUAACGGUGGUCUAACUUUCUUGUUGAUGUCAUUAGGUCAAGCUCCAAACGUUUGGAAUCUCGAUGCUAGUACCAUCAAUGUUUUGGGUAACGCCAUCGGUAAUGUCAUUCCAACCGCUUUCAUCUACAAGUACUUUUCCCAACUCCUCAAGAACAACGGUUUGAUCGUUACCAAGUCCGCCUACGACUGGCUCUGGGGUUGCAACGAUCCAAUCUUGGACUUCUUGAGCGCACCAAAUCCAUGUGCCCUUCAGGUCAACAACACUGUCGCCCAACCAACCACCAUUCACACCGGUAAGGACGACAAUCUCUUGACCAACUUUCUCAUCAAGUGGCAAGGUCAAACUCAACUCAACUUCUGGGGACCACCAGCCGUCAACGUCACCGGUUACACUGAGAGCGGUCAAUUCGCACCAAACCAAGGACUGAUGGAAACAUUGACCAUUUUCGAAGAGAAUGUAUUCCGUCCAGUCACAUUGAACUAUCACAACGACACUUCGGUUCACGACAUCAAGACCCGUAGAUACUAUCUCCAGAACGACUCUUUCCCAGCAUCACCAGACAUUUUCUACACCCAAUACGAUGGAUUUGCCAAUCUCACUGCACUCCAACAGGGUGUUCCAACUUUCGUCACCCUCUGGGAUAUGUGGGAAGUACCAACCAACAUUUCAUCACGUGUCAACGGUAUGAACCCAUCCUAUGAGAAUGCCGCCAUUCCAUUGGAUUUGGAGCCAACUUCCGGUAACGCUUUGUACUAUAACCUCAAGUUGCAAGUAAACUUCUUGUACGAGAACAACGGUUGGGAUGAUACUUUUGCAUUCUUUACCAACGUAACCAACGGUAUCUACUACCCAUCAUGGAAGAUCGGUCAAACCGCUACACCAUCCGACAAGACUUUGGAUAAUUUGGCCAAGCAACUCAAACAAUUGAGAGAGUUGAAGAUUGUUCCAGUUGUAGUUAUGGCUUUGGUUGGUUCAUUAAUGUUUGUUGCCGGUGUUGUCAUGGUUGUUAUCUCAGCAGUCAGACAUAGAAGAUUGAAUGGAUAUGAAUCAAUCAACUCAACUUAG